AUGGAAGGAAUCUCCGACGAUGCUCACAGUCGUCGCCAAUGUUUUUCCAAUUUUCACCCACAGGCGGCCAAUACGAGUGGUCCCUUUGAUACCUGGGUUGAGGGUGAGGUCGACAAGAUCCACAAAAGCAUCGAGGGCAGUCUGCGUGAUCUUGAGAUGCAAAUCAAGUCGGCCGUAGAAAAAUUGGCGAUCCUCUCCCACGCGAACUACGACAUAGCUAAGGCCUUUGAGUUUCUAAGCGAUGAUGCUUGCCCAGGCGAAAAAGUGUACGUGAGCGAAACCAUGGGUACACCGAUACAAAUAUUGCUGUACAACCGCGUCAAACACUGGCUAUGGCGAAAGGCAGAGAGAGCCAAGGUUGUCUCUUUCUGGGUAUCACAAAAGGUCAAAUUAGGCGACAUAUGUAAAAGUCGUAUCUGCACGUUGGAUAAACUAGCCGAGGCCUAUAAUGCAGUGCAGCACGAGAUCAAUAUGAUGGAAAAGGUGCUGGGCAUGGCUAUCACGACUGGUCCCCUCAUAAAGAAGUAA